UUAUUAUCUCAGCAGCCUGACAGUACAAGAUGGAUUCAACAGAGUAACACAAUUGUCAUAACGUGUGCGACCAGGCCUCACAUCCUCUGACACGCUGUGUUUGUUUCCACAGAAUGAAGACCAUUCUCAGCAGUCAGACUGUCGACAUCCCCGACAAAGUCGAGGUGAGGUUGAAGGGCCGGACAGUGACUGUCAAGGGGCCCCGUGGAAAACUCACAAGACAGUUCAACCACAUCAACCUGGAGCUCAGCCUGCUGGGCAAGAAACAGAUGAAGCUCCGUGUGGAUAAAUGGUGGGGAAACAGGAAGGAGCUGGCCACAGUCCGCACCAUCUGCAGCCAUGUCCAGAACAUGAUCAAGGGUGUCACUUUGGGUUUCCGGUAUAAAAUGCGUUCUGUGUACGCCCAUUUCCCCAUCAACGUCGUUAUCCAGGAGGGUGGAACCAUGGUGGAGAUCAGGAACUUCCUGGGAGAGAAGUACAUUCGCCGCGUCAGAAUGAGGGCUGGUGUUGUCUGUUCAGUCUCAGCGGGCCAGAAGGACGAGCUGAUCCUGGAAGGCAAUGACAUUGAGCUGGUGUCAAACUCAUCUGCUCUGAUCCAGCAGGCCACCACAGUAAAAAAUAAGGAUAUCAGAAAGUUCUUGGAUGGUAUCUACGUCUCUGAGAAGGGAACAGUCUCGCAGCCGGAAAAUUAAAUUGCCAACCUGCAGUCGUACAGCGGCCUUGAUUCCAACAGGCCACCAAGGUCCAAAAGAAGGAUAAUAGGAUAUUCCUAAACGGCAUCUACAUCAGCGAGAGGACCACUGUGGUGGAGACCGAAGCUUAAUAUAUGUUCUUCUCUGACGACCAAUAAAAUUACCAUCUUUUCCAAUGAA